UACGACGACCCCCACAAGACCCCUGCCUCCCCCGUGGUGCACAUCAGGGGGCUGAUUGAUGGGGUGGUGGAGGCCGACCUGGUGGAAGCUCUGCAGGAGUUUGGUCCUAUCAGCUACGUGGUGGUGAUGCCCAAGAAGAGACAAGCCCUGGUGGAGUUUGAGGACAUCUUGGGUGCCUGCAACGCUGUUAAUUAUGCAGCUGAUAAUCAGAUUUAUAUUGCGGGGCAUCCGGCCUUCGUCAAUUAUUCCACCAGCCAGAAGAUCUCCCGGCCUGGGGACACGGAUGAUUCCAGGGGGGUCAACAACGUCCUGCUCUUCACCAUCCUCAACCCUAUCUACUCCAUCACCACGGUGAAGUUCAUGAAGAGCAAGCCGGGAGCAGCCAUGGUGGAGAUGGCCGAUGGGUACGCGGUGGAUCGCGCCAUCACCCACCUCAACAACAACUUCAUGUUCGGGCAGAAACUCAACGUCUGUGUCUCCAAGCAACAGGCCAUCAUGCCCGGACAGUCCUACGGGCUGGAGGACGGAUCCUGCAGCUACAAGGACUUCAGCGGUUCCCGCAACAACCGCUUCUCCACCCCCGAGCAGGCGGCCAAGAACCGCAUCCAGCACCCCAGCAACGUGCUGCACUUCUUCAACGCGCCCCUGGAGGUGACAGAGGACAACUUCUAUGAGAUCUGCGAUGAACUCGGG